GGUUUGGCAACAGAGUUUGGGUGAAUCCUUCCCAGCAAAAAGGAGGCUAUAUCCAGCCCUCAUCUUUCUCCUCUCAUGGAAGUGAUGACUGGGGUCGAGGAGGAGGUGGAGGAGCUGACUGGGGUCGAGCAGGAGGUGGAGGAGCUGACUGGGGUAGAGGAGGAGGAGGAGGGAGAAGAGAUAAUGUGAAGAGCUCCGAAUUCAGCUUCUCUGCUCAAAACAGAUUUUCAGCGCUUGAUACUCCCAGCACCUUUGACAGAGGAGGAAGAGGAGGAGGACAGCAGGCGGCAGCUGGAGAGGAAGAUGACGACAAAAAACUGGAGAUGAUUCAGAUGGACAUGGAUAUUUGGGAGAGUUCAGGGCAGUGGGGCUUCUCGUGUUAUUCCACCUUCAAGAAAUCUUUAUCUGGUUUCACGGAUCUCUCUCCAGAAGAGCUCAGACUGGAGUAUUACUCUACAAGAGCUUCAGGAGACCUGCAGAGCUAUGUAAGUGUUGUUUCACCCAUUAAUGUCAUGUGUUAG